GCCUCCUGUGCACAGCAGCGGCAGACAAGUGUUUGUCAUCUCCCUGCAGUAAUGGUGCCACAUGUCUGGACCACCUGGGUGACUAUGUGUGUCUAUGCCCUAAAGGACCGGUGUGGUACAUGGGCAAAAACUGUGAUGAGCUGUAUGACGCCUGUAUCAUGGCACCUUGCACCAACUGCACCAGCACACCAGGGACUGAUGAGUACACCUGCCACUGCCCGGACGGCUUCACAGGGCUCAACUGCACAGAAGAUCUAGAUGAAUGUCAGAGAAACCCCUGCACAGGCAUCCAGUCAUACUGUGUCAACAGAGUCAAUAACUAUUCUUGCCACUGCCCCCUGGGGUUGGGAGGGGAGGACUGCAAGGAUAAUGUGACCACUUGCUCAGAGGAAACAUGCCAUAAUGGUGGCACCUGUGAGGACAUCCCUGACACUGGGCACAGGUGCCAGUGUGCGGCUGGGUACCAGGGGAAGAGCUGUGAGGAAAACAUUGAUGAAUGCCAGUCUGAACCCUGUCAAAAUGGAGCCAUCUGUAAAGACGGGGUUAAUGCCUACCAGUGUUUCUGUGUGCCUGGAUUUCAAGGCUACCACUGUGACUUGGACAUCAACGAGUGUGCCUCCCGACCGUGUCAGAACAAUGGCACAUGUCAGGAUGAAGUGGAUCAUUACAGCUGUGACUGCUCUCUGGGCUUCAAAGGGAUUAAUUGUGAGGUGGAGAUCGAUGAGUGCGAGGUGCAUCCCUGCCAGAACGGCGCCACCUGCCGAGACCACGUCGCCAUGUACACGUGUGAGUGCAUGGCCGGUUUCCAAGGCCAAGACUGCGAGGUCAACAUAGACGAAUGUGCCAGCACCCCCUGUUUGAACGAGGGCAAGUGCAUAGAUGGGGUCAAUAGGUAG